ACCUACUCAUCUCAUCUCAUUAUCUCUAGCCGCUUUAUCCUUCUACAGGGUCGCAGGCAAGCUGGAGCCUAUCCCAGCUGACUACGGGCGAAAGGUGUAGUCAUCACAGGGCUGACAAAUAGACACAGACAACCAUUCACACCUACGGUCAAUUUAGAGUCACCAGUUAACCUAACCUGCAUGUCUUUGGACUGUGGGGGAAACCGGAGCACCCGGAGGAAACCCACACGGACAUGAGGAGAACAUGCAAACUCCACACAGAAAGGCCCUCGCCGGCCCCGGGGCUCAAACCCGGACCUUCUUGCUGUGAGGCAAUGGCGCUAACCACUACACCACCGUGCCGCCCCACGUUUGACCUACGUUCUCCCGCCGGCGGAAAAGGAAAGCCUGCCUAGUUAAAUGUUGAUAGCAGCCAGAAUGAAGCUGGUGAUCUGGAGGAUGAUGAGCGAGGCUCUUGCUGUGCGCUCUGGGAAUACCGUUGCUGACGGGAAGUACCUGCGCAGGUGUGGAAACAGCGUAUUAAUCUUCAGAAACCUGUCGCUGAGCUGCCAGCUGUGUGGAAAAACUCAGGGAAGUUCAAAGAAGAGAGAACUGUCUGAAAAGAAGCUGACACGUUACUUCGUGGACCAGCGCAGGGUGAAAUUCCAGGCCGGGUCAGGAGGAGACGGAGCCUGCAGCUUCCACAGUGAACCUCGCAAAGAGUGGGGCGGCCCAGACGGGGGCAAUGGGGGUAACGGAGGUGACCUCAUCAUAAAAGUGAACAAGCAGAUAAAGUCCCUGUCUCUCAUAUCAGCUUCAUAUCGAGGAGAAAACGGAGAAUCUGGGAGGAGUAAGAACUGCUAUGGACGCAAUGCCAGCCCAAAGUACAUACCGGUGCCCAUAGGCACUGUGGUGAAGGAGCAGGGCAAAACAGUAGCCGAUCUUGCUCAUCACGGGCAGGAAUACGUGGCUGUACAUGGAGGAGCAGGAGGAAAAGGCAAUCGCUUCUUUCUUUCCAACGAAAACAGAGCACCAAUGACGACCACAGCCGGAGAAAAAGGAGAAGAACGAGUGCUCCAGCUGGAACUCAGGACAAUGGCACACGCUGGAUUGGUUGGAUUUCCAAAUGCAGGAAAGUCAUCAUUGCUGAGAGCGAUCUCUAACGCCCGUCCUGCUGUAGCAGCUUAUCCCUUCACCACGCUAAAUCCACAUGUGGGUGUCGUCAUGUACAGAGACCACGAGCAGCUGGCAGUGGCUGAUAUUCCUGGUAUAAUCCGCGGCGCUCACCUGAACCGUGGCCUCGGUUUGUCUUUCCUGCGUCACAUAGAGCGCUGUCGCUUCCUGCUCUUCGUGUUGGACAUGUCGUCCCCGGAGCCGUGGGAUGAGCUGCAGUGUCUGCGCUUUGAACUAGAUCAGUACGAAGCGGGUCUAUCGAAGCGUCCUCAUGCCAUCGUGGCCAACAAAAUGGACCUGAGCGGCACAAAGGAGAACCUGGAGGAGCUGAGGAGACGAGUGGAGCAGCGCAUCAUCCCUCUCUCCGCUCUCACUGGCGAUAACACAGAGGAGCUGAUCAUCCACCUGAGAGAGCUCUACGACGACCAUUCAGGACAGACAACGUUCAACUGGUAGACGUGAAGAAAAGGAUAUUACAGGUUGAAGAAGUCACUUGAUUCUCUAUCAGAGAACUAAUCUUUCUUUUUCGAAAGAGGUGAAAGUGAGUGUGUAAUGAUUGAGACAUGCAGUUUAUGAUCCUAAACUGGAGGCUAAAAGUAUCUCUUAGUCUUUGGCUAUAUUAGCCUCGUAGCUUCAAUACAAAACACCACAUAUGUCUGAUUGACUGACUAAAUUCAGGCGCUGUGAUGGCAAGGAUUAAGAAUGUAUUUGUUGUUUAUUUGAUCUAUUUAUUAAAUGCAUUUUCUAAAUAAAUACUUUCUUACCGUACAUCAUGUGUGCAGUCUAGAUCACCAAGAUGUGUUGUGACCACUUGGUCUUAAAGGAGAUGCACAGAACCUUUUAUUUUUAAAUACAUUUCUGAGUGGAUAGUAUCUCCAUCCUUGACUCUUGUACGCUGCAAAAUAUAUAUUUUUGAGAGUUAAAAUCGACCGCCAAGUUGGCAUUCGAGCUGCCCUGCUGAGCCAGCCAGCCCUGAGUGGAUGACGUUACAGCGGGAACUGGUGCUAUAGACCAAAGCCAGACUCGGCAGGCAAGAGUGGUUGCAAUGGCCUCUUUGUUCGGAUUUAUUGGAGAUUCUUCAGAUUCCUCAGAUAGUAAUACGUCUGACUGUGAUGGUCCUGAAAUUGGAGUAUGUGUACAUGCUACUGCUAUACACGUAGAACCGUAUCAGUUCGAACCAUCGGAAACUGAAUCUGAUAGUAACACAUCGGCCACUGAGGCCCCCACCUUACGAAAUAAAGCCAGGGAACAAAGCCGUCUAGAGCAGGGGUUUUCAAAGUGUGGGAGAGUCAGCCCCCCCCCUCGGAGAGCAAAUAAACAACAACGCCCCCCCCUUACAAUUUUUGUUGUUGCUAUACUUAAUGUUCCAUUCGUAUUUAAAAAAAAAUGGUGGUUGUACACAUUAUUUUUUUCUUUUUCACAUUUUAAACAUCUGUGCUUUUUAAAACAUCUUGUUUUACACAUUUUAAACAUCUCAUAGCAUCGUUAGCUAGCACCUCUUGGCAGACAACACACUGUGGCAGUGGAGCAUCUUCAGAUCCAGUCCAUGAAAAUCCAAACUUUAAAUAAUCGUGGUCAUACUUCCUUCUUUUUUCAGUCCCCCAGGAUUCCGCGGGCCUUUUUUGUGAUUGUUACGGGCUAAAAUGUCUGAUGUUGCGGGGGUUUCCAAAAAAAUUGCGAUGAAAGUUGCGGUGUUUAGGUUUUUGUUGUGAUUACAUUGCGGGAGGAAGUGAAAGUUGCGAGAAAUUGUUGCGAUUUUCUCUUUUUGUGAUUAAAAUUGAGUGAUAUGUUAAAUUUUAAGUUAUUACUGAAAAACUAUUGAUUAAAAAAAACAAAGACACUGAGAAAUGGUCCUAUAAACAACUUUACCAAUAUAAAAGAUUACCAGGACUACAAAAAUGCAGAAAAAUCGGCUUUACUUAUCCAAAUGCACCUGUUGGUUCAAAAGUUAACGUGCAGAGAACCUCACAGCGCAACAUGAAGUUACCUUAAAAUAUAAUAUAAAUGCCUCAGCUUUCAUGUAAGAAAAAAAAAAACUAUUAAUACUAGUACUGUGUGCAGGCAGUCUCUCCUGAAGACUAAAUUAAACAGUAAUUAUAAACUAAUAAAAUAAAUGGCUCAGGCUUCAUAGAAGAAAAAAAACAAUUUGAACAGAAUCUCACAGUAUGAUGCUGAAGCUGCCUAAACAAUGGAAAAUAAAAUACCAUUUUGGCAAAAAUGUUGGCAUCCAUUAAUUUCUUGUAUUAAGUAAAAAAAAAAAAAAAAGUGCACACAGUCCUUCACUGUAAACAUAACACACUUUCAGCAACAGAAUUUAAGCCUAUAUAAACAUUGUCUCGCACAUCAUGCAAUGUUGCCAGAUACUGCUGACGUUUUCCAGUCCAAAAUAUGUUCAAAACCCGCCAAAAUGCACUUGAAACCGCCAAUCUGGCAACACUGCGCGCAUGCUGCUUCUCUUGAACAUAGACAUCCGGAAGUAAGGCGGAAGGUAGUUUGUCGAUGUCACCUCAAGACGACGCCAACGAUUGGUCAAAUUUGCGGGAAAGUUGUGGUGAUUGGAUAUAAUUGCAACACCGCCCUGAAUUCGCGGGGAUUGGUUGAAUUUGCGCUGAAGUUGCAAAUCGCAACAUCCUGGAGGCUCUGUUUUUUUGCUUGGCUGUCUCCUCAGUCCCUGUAGCUUCAGGUACUAAAAAUCGAUCCAUUUUGUCUCUCUCGUUGCGCUCCCCCUGAAGAACUCUGGUGCCCCCCAGGGGGGCGCGCCCCACACUUUGAAAAGCCCUGGUCUAGAGAAUUGGAUGGAAUUGAACUGACCGUCUCAUGUGACUCUCAUUAAAACAGGAUGGGUGUUAUGCAGCAUACAUUUGCAUGCAUGCAUUUUCACUGAUGAAACAUAAAAGGCUAAUUAAAUAAUCAGAUGAACUGAGACAAUCAUAUUCUGAAGCAAAUUAAAUCUUAUACUGGUAACUUAAACACACAAUACAAUUUACAUGUAUGCAGGUAAACAGCGAGUGGUGUUGUGAUGGAACCAAAUGAGAGUCGCAUCUUACCCGUCUGUGUUCUCGCUUCUUGAAGGCCGAUCUUGUGGCCGAUUGUUUUUGAAACAAUCUGACUUUCAGUUCUUCAUUCAUACGCUUCUUCCACAUAAGGGCGAGAUAUUGCUGCUGAGGCGAGAAUAUCCAACAGAGAAAUCAGAUGACUGGUCCACUCAUUCUCCAUUUUUUCCAUACAGAGUACGCCGCUAUUACUGCUCGGCUCACGCUCCGGGAGAACUGGUGCAACUGAACUUACCUUCCUUGUCUUGUAGGUGUCUUUUCCUUUAAUUGUUGGUACUGCACCCUCUUUUUCAAUACAGCCAACGCUCCUCAACAGAUCAGAGGUCUUGUAUGAGUCCUCAGUAAAAUGUGCAGAGCAGAGACCACUUCGUAGGCACUCAAUCCGUGAAUUUCUCGCAAAACAUGUCCAAAUCAUUGCACUUUGAACAUUCUUGGGCAACAUGAAUCCACCUUCUGUCAUGUUGCUGCACCCGCCAGCAGCACAUCUUCGUGGCAUGGCGAUAAAUUAGCUCAAAAUGGAAGCUCGGAGUUGCAGUCAGCUCUGUGUUUUAGUAUCGCGGAAAUGGCGAUGAGACUGAUAGACUUCCUGCUGUAACGUCACAGAUGUCAAGGUCAUUCACUGAGACCGCUACCUAUAUGAAUCACUUUAAUCAUAAAAAAUUACUAUAUUAGAUUUAUUAUUAACGCUUAACUAUUCCUAUGCCAUUCUUGAGGUCUCAAGGCAUUUAUAAACAAAAAGUGAGGCCAUGGUUCUGCAUAUCUCCUUUAACCUCUUCACCUUAGAAAUGCUUGGGCAUUUUAAACUGAUCUCUAUUUACUUUCCAUAGUAUGUUUUGCAUGUGUUUACCACAGACAGGAAUUUGGACCCUGAUAAGAAAAGAAUUGCAAACGUGCUCCCUUGAAUGUUACGUCAAAUAGAAAUGUGGUGCAAAAGUCAAUUGGUUUGUUUAGACCAUGUGUACUGAUGGAUACAUUUUUUUAAAUUUUUGCCAUAUUUACCACCAGCCUUAUCAGCGAGUUCCUAUUUCCAGCCCUGGAGGGACAAACAUUAUAUAAUCCCCUGCUUUAUACCUCAGGUCAGGCCCGCCGACAGGGGGGGACAAACGGGUAUGUUGUCCCGGGCCCAGGAAUGGGGGGGGCCCAGAACUGGGCUGUCAUGAAGUUGCGAUUAAAUUAUUUUAUUUCAUUUCAAAAUGUGUUGAUUUGGGGGAGAAAUGUGCUAUAUUUGCAUUCAAUAAAUGAUUUCUAGAUCUUU